CUCUCUUGCUCGAUAGCGAGGAUGAGAAUAUAUAUAUAUAUAUAUAGGUAACAACACAGGUCCUCGGCCAGCUCCUGGCAUCACUCUACUGGCCAAUCUCCAAACUCCCUAAAUCCUUCAUGACAAAGAGCUCUCAAACUUCAACUGAUCAAUUUAAAACACUUACCAUACAUCUACAUCCACUCCUCCGUCAUAUCUAUACCUACAACCUUAUCAACUAUCCCCGAUACUAGGGACGCAACGAGCCGACCUCAAUACCUCUUCAACUCCAUCGACCCAAUUCCCCACACAACCGCGCCUUCAUCCUCAACCUCUCCCCAAAAUGACCUCCCUCUUCCCCCACCCUGCCUAUGCCGAAGAACAACCCUACGCCCGCACAGUCCUCUACCUCCAUGUCAUCCGCGCGGCCACACAAGCCGCGCCGCUCGUCGCGACUUUCACCGCAACCGCCUCCUCCCUCUACUACCGCCCGCGGUCCCUCGCUGCGUUCGUCCCAAGGCUCAUAACCCACUCUGCCCACGCUGUGCCUCUAGGCAUCGUCUUCGCUGGUCUGGCGACUACGGGACGGAUGUACGGGCGCGAGGAGAUCGAGUGGCAGGACCGCGCGUGGCGGCUGUUGGAGAAUAAGGGGCAGGAGGGGGCGGAUUGGUGGGCGAUUGGGGGUGGGGUUAGCGGUGCGGUU